UCCGAUCAAUUGCAAACAAGGAGAUUUUGCUUCAACCUAGAGGAGAGUUGUGUCCGGUGCGAAAUUACUCUCGCCUCAUUUUAGCAGGUUCGUCGCCUAGUAUCAGAACUACAAGGGAUGUUCUCGGCUCGGUUAUGCCAGAGCCCAUCGGGCAAAUGUGGAGUAUGCAUUUUUCUUCAGAGACUGGGGAUUUGGUUGACGCCGUUGUGCCUUUCAUGGGUGAAUCUAUUAAUGAUGGAAUUUUGGCGACAUUCUUGAAGAAGUCUGGAGACCGGGUGGAACUCGAUGAACUGAUUGCUCAAAUUGAAACAGAUAAGGUCACGAUUGAUGUUGCUAGUCCUGAAUCUGGUGUAAUUGAGAAGUUUGUAGCCAAUGAAGGGGAUACCGUAGAACCAGGUACCAAGAUUGCUGUCAUACUAAAGUCUGGUGAAGGUGUAUCCCAUGUGGGUCCAUCAGAGAAAGCUGUUCCACAACCAUCUUCCCCUGUAGAAACUAUUGACAAGAAUCAACCAUCUAAAGUUGAAACAACUCCAGUUACGGAGAAGCCAAAAGCACCCUCUCCACUAUCUCCCAAACCCUCAGCUCAAGAACCUCAGCUCCCCACCAAGGAAAGAGAAAGACGAAUUCCUAUGACAACGCUUCGCAAAAGGAUUGCUAAAAGAUUGAAAGAUUCACAGAACACAUAUGCAAUGCUGACGACAUUCAAUGAAGUUGAUAUGACAAAUUUGAUGAAGCUUCGUUCUGACUUCAAGGAUGCAUUUGUUGAGAAGCAUGGGGUCAAAUUGGGGCUUAUGUCGGGAUUCAUCAAGGCUGCUGCCAGUGGGCUCCAAAAUCAGCCUGCUAUUAAUGCAGUCAUUGAUGGGGAUGAUAUCGUAUAUAGAGAUUACAUAGAUAUAAGUGUAGCCGUGGGUACUCCUAAGGGCCUUGUCGUGCCAGUUAUCCGCAAUGCUGAUAAGAUGAAUUUUGCUGAGAUAGAGAAGGAGAUCAAUGCCCUUGCAAAGAAGGCAACUGAGGGGCGUCUUUCAAUUGAUGAGAUGGCUGGUGGUUCGUUUACAAUAUCCAAUGGUGGAGUUUACGGAAGCCUUAUAAGUACCCCCAUCAUCAACCCUCCUCAGUCUGCAAUCUUGGGUAUGCACUCAAUAGUGAACCGACCAAUGGUUGUUGGAGGCGAGAUUGUCCCGCGGCCAAUGAUGUACAUCGCUCUUACCUAUGACCAUAGGCUGAUUGAUGGAAGAGAGGCAGUUUACUUCUUGCGUCGUGUUAAAGAUGUUGUGGAAGACCCAAGGAGGCUUCUCCUUGAUGUAUGA